AUGCACCUUACCGCAACCAGUCGGAAUCUUUGGCAGCCUGCCAACGGCAGUGAAGUCUUCCCUCAAUUUCGCGCUGCAAGAGACUACCUGGAAUCCCAGGAAUUCGCUGGUACGUCUUCUACUGUCCUGCGUCGGCAUUUUUCUCCACCGUCAUUUAUACCCACAGAAGACCCUCAUCGUUCCGACGCCUUCCUCCGGUUCAGGGAAGGUAGUCCUCUUCAUUUCUCUAAGCGCUACUAUUCAGAAGGACAAAGUAGUAGAGUGGGGGGCAACUUCCACCAAUGCCAAGCACGAAGUUCUGACUUGUUAGGGUCGCCUGCUGUAGCCGCAUCCAAUUUUUGGGAGUCCCUCAGUAGCGACAGCGGCAGUAGCUUUUCAUGCUCCCCUCUUUUGCAUGGUUCGGGAGGAGGCGUUUUAUCAAGAUGGUUAGCGCCUACGAUACCGAGUGAUGAUGGGCCACAGUGCCCCUCCACUGAUCUGAGGAAGAGCCCCGCUUUAGGCGAAUAUGACGGAGGAAUACCUAGCAGCAGCCCAGAGAAAGAGGGGUUUUGCUUGUCGAACGUUUCCGAUUCGAUCGACAGAUCGAUUGACGAUUCAUUGCAGCGACUCUGCGACCAUACGCCUCUCUUUCGGGAACUCGCGUCCCCGGCAUGUGAUCUUGACGAUCCAACAAACGAUGGGAACUUCAUCGAAUGCCCUUCGAAUCCAACAACCGAAGGGUGGGCUGCAGCGACAGCUGCAGCAGCGUUUGCUGCUGCCUCACUAAGUCAUAGUAGAGCCUUGCGGUUGGGGUCGCCAGACGCGGACACGAAAGCUGAUUUGGGGGCAGGCGUAAAACUUGAGCCAGAAGAUAUUGACGCCUUUCUUCGGGCCAAAUCAAAGACAGACGAAGUGGCUGCACGCAUCAGACAGAAAGUAGCAGCAUCGCGAGAAGCUUGCGUGGCAUUGAGAUGCUCGCCGCCUGUGUCAAGCAAAAACUUGACAAGGGCUCCAACUGCAACGGCUUCCGUCGGUCAUAGCAAGCCAUCCGCGCAUUCGCAUCUUCUAGAAAAGGCGAGAAUAGCUAAACGGUCCGACAAAAAAAACGGCUCCACCUUGAACACAAUGAGUAGAAAUAAGCGCACUAAUGUUAUGCCCAAUAGUAGAGCCCACCAUACUCGAAAGCAAGGGAAAGCGGAAGGGAUGCCAGAUGAGCCGAUGCCCACUACAAAGCUCAUUGCAUUAGGAAUGAAAAUGCAGCCACAAUGGCCCAGACCACACGACACACAAGCGAGACCUGGAACUGGAAGCAGUCAUGUAGGAGCUUCUGGGCUUCCCUCCGGUACUUUUGCAGGCAUCAGUGCCACAACACAGCCUAGCUGCAACAGUUUCCGCCUGCCUGAGGGGACGUCUGUCGCCGCCGUACGCGUUUCUGGUCCUGAGGAAGCACCUGUAGUCAGCUACAAGUCAUCGCUGAAGCGAUCUCUGCCGGUCGCUGCAGUGACAACCCAUGUUAAACCAUUAGUGCAAGCGAAUAAUGGAGAUGGGACGUCGUGGGCUCCUGGGGAAUUAAAGCUUUUUUUGGGUGAUUCCACCCCUCAAAGUGAUAUUUUGAAGACCUUCAAACAUUCGAAGGGCUAUUCUAAUUCUGCCCCCAUGUCUCCUAUUUUAUCAGUUGCAAGGGGAAAGGAAACUGGAGUGGAUGAGAAUAAAUCGUCAAGAAGGACAGGAGCUCCAACCCCAACGCCAUCAACGACAAUCACAGAGUCACCAACACUUAAUGUGGAACCGCCUCACGGUGGAGACAAACAAAUUGUCAAGGACCAGACACAGAAGAAAACCCCAGCUUGCACACCGCAUCCAGCUCCGAAGGCCUGCACCGGAGUUUCCGGGGGAAUGCAACUUACUACAGCUAGCACCAAACCUACCGAUGCCGAUCUGCAUCCUGCCGCUCUAAGGCAUCUCGCCCGCGUCAUAUGCAAAGGCGGUUGGACGAGAGUCACGCAACAGUGCACUUGCCUUUCUCCGGAAGUGGUACGGCCUAAGAUGUCCUGGAUUGACUUUAGCACAGAGUGGCGUAGCUCCAGGAGGGAAAAAGGCUGCAGAGGAAGCGACUUCGCAAAGUUUAAGGACAGCAGAAACCUGGAAAUGUUCGAUUGA